UGCCGUCGCGUCAAAGUGACGACUUCACUGUGCGACUCCCAUAAGACGGACACAGGUUUAGCCAUCCUCUGUUCAACUUGACACCAUUUGUGUGACAUGGAGUCAGAUGGGGACCUAAAUCCUGACACAGAUGACCUUCCACUCCGAGCCAAUACUAACCACAUUCUUGUCAGACAUUAUGUCCUGGACCUGACUGUCCAUUUUGAAAGGAAGGUCAUCAGUGGUAGUGUUGUUCUGUUCCUGGAACCUUGCUGUGGGAUGAGGACUAAGGCUGAGGAUGACAUUGGACCUGGAGAUGGUGAUGGAGCCGGAACUAUAGAAGCCGGAGAGAGAGUGUGCAGAUUUCGGGAUGUGGAUACAAUAGAGGAUCGAACAAAAGGACUUGGGAACACUAUGGCAAGGAUGGAGAAGAUGUUUGGUGCUAGAGAAGGAGAAGGAGAUGAAUUUCAGGCCCUGUCUGCGGUCGUGCCACAGACUGCAGCUGAAACCAAAAAUAGUCAUGCUUUACAUUUGUGGGAAACCACCAGUGACAGUGAUUUCACCUUAGUGCUGGACUGCUGUGACCUCGAUGUGUCAAAGGUUGAAGAGGUGGACAUUACCUCUGUGUCAGCCAUGUCUAGCCUCCCAUCAGAGGUUGCAUUUGAGCAGUCGGGGGUCAGUUCAGCGAACCCACAAGUAGCCUCUAUUCAGAAACUCAUCACCCUGCCCUCUAGCCGAUGGAGGCAGAAACACCAACUCUUUUUGCUGUGUAGCCGGGCCCCUAGAGUUCAGGAUGGCAGCUCACUGGAUUUUCAAAAAGACCGAUGGAGUCUGCAGGUGAGGAAGAAGGGGGCAGCGUCCCCGCAGGAUUUCCCUCGUGCUGUCAGGAUCUGCUAUGAGACCAGGCCAACAGGAGGCUCUGUGAGUUGGAUGAAAGACCAGGACAACAG